AGGUAACACGUUCCACGUUUACUAGGCAAUUGUACAAAUAUCCAAACAUGAGAUGAGAUUGAAAAUGAAUCCCAUCGAAUCAUCAUCAAAUCCACUUUGACCCUAUGAUUUUGCUAUGUAGAUUCAGCACGAGUAUAUGUUAUUUGAUCAGUAAUUAUAUUUCUUCAAAUUAAGAAAGAAAUCAAUUAAGAGAUAUCAAAACAUGCACUAAGUACCAAACAAAACAAAACGUUACAUCGGAAUUUUCAAUUGGUCAGUUUAUUUUGUCGAUAGUUUAUUGCGUCAGAUCCAUCCGCCACCAACGUUGGCCUUUGUCUGAAACUUGCUCUCUCGGACAUGCGACUCAGCCGAUCCUCAAAUCACACCAGAAGCCAUGAAGACAAAACAGAUUUUUGGCGUGUCGCUCUCGCUCAUUCUUAUCAACCUGGCUGCUAUUAUGGAGCGUGCCGAUGAAAAUCUUCUUCCAUCUGUCUACAAAGAAGUCAGUGAAGCAUUUAAUGCCGGACCGUCCGAUUUGGGUUACCUCACAUUCAUAAGAAACUUUGUUCAGGGACUAUCAUCUCCACUGGCGGGUAUACUUGUCAUUAACUAUGAUCGCCCCACAAUUCUCGCUAUGGGCACGUUCUGCUGGGCUCUAUCUACAGCUGCUGUGGGUGUUUGCCGCGAUUUUAUGCAGGUUGCAUUCUGGAGAGCAAUAAAUGGCUUUGGUUUGGCAAUUGUGAUUCCAGCACUACAGUCUUUCAUUGCUGAUAGCUACAUGGAUGGAGUGAGAGGAACUGGGUUUGGAUUACUAAGCCUUGUGGGUACCUUGGGGGGCAUAGGAGGUGGUGUUAUGGCUACUGUCAUGGCUGGUCAGCAGUUUUGGGGUAUACAAGGUUGGAGAUGUGCCUUCAUUUUGAUGGCAACUUUGAGUGCAUUGAUUGGAACCCUUGUUUUACUAUAUGUGGUUGAGCCAAAAAAAAGAUUUACCACCAAUGUUGAUGCUAGUCAGAGUUCAGAUAGGGAAGACCCUAUCUACAAAGGCAAUGCUAGUGUAGCAUCAAUUUGGAUGACCUCUUGGGCAGCCAUGAAAGCUGUGAUCAAAGUGAAAACAUUUCAAAUAAUUGUCUUACAGGGCAUUAUUGGUUCACUACCAUGGACAGCCAUGGUAUUCUUCACAAUGUGGUUUGAACUAAUUGGUUUUGAUAAUAAUACUUCAGCAACCCUCCUCAGUCUUUUUGCUAUUGGAUGUGCCAUGGGUUCCUUCUUUGGUGGAUCAAUAGCUGAUCAAUUGUCACGUGUCUACCCUCAUUCUGGUCGAAUCAUGUGCGCACAGUUCAGUGCAUUUAUGGGUAUUCCAUUCUCAUGGUUUCUUCUCAGGGUAAUCCCCCAGUCAGUGAGUAGUUUUCUUACCUUUUCUGUCACCCUCUUUUUGAUGGGUCUAACUAUCAGCUGGAAUGCAACGGCUGCAAAUGGUCCUAUGUUCGCCGAGGUAGUCCCGGUGAAGCACCGGACCAUGAUUUACGCAUUUGAUCGUGCUUUUGAAGGCUCAUUUUCUUCUGUUGCUGCUCCCCUUGUUGGGAUUCUUUCAGAGAAAAUAUUUGGAUACAAUGCAAAGUCUGUUGAUCCCAUCAAAGGAUCUUCACCGGAGGCCCUUGCCUUGUCAAAGGGCCUUCUUUCAAUGAUGGUGAUUCCAUUUGGAUUGUGCUGUUUGUGCUACACACCACUAUAUUAUCUAUUUAAGAAGGACCGUGAGAAUGCUAGAAUUGUAGCCCUGAAAGAGGAGGAGAUGAUGUAAGAGACACUGAUUGCAUGAAAGUCUCCAAUGCUCCUAGUUGGAGUAAGAAAGUUACAUCUUAAAAAUGUGGUAUCAUCUUCCGCUACAUUCUCGAAACAUUUGAAACUAUCUUCUAACAAUGAAAUGGGCUCAUUAGUUUUAAAUUUGAAGAGACCGGGUUAACCACACAUUUAUAGUUGGUUCAUGACGAGGAGGAACAAGCUUGUUAUGAGCCAUUGCGUCCUCUUGAGAUGACAAAUCUGAUGAACGGAUCAGAAAUAUUAUUUUGUAAAUGUUGGCAGAAGAAUGGUAGCACAUCAUAGAUAAUGGAACUCAUGGCUAUACUGUUUUGCGGCACAAUUUUUAGUUUUCCAUCGGUUGUACACUUGUAUGACUGUAAUAUUUACACUUCAGGAUAUUCAAAUGGUUGACAAAACUUUGAAGUACAAUCUCAGUGCUACGGAAGAAUACACGAACUUCAAUUUUUCACUCUCAAAA